AAGUGGAACCUGUGACCCCACUUCAGACUCAAAGGGGCUGAAACGCCUCAGCUUCUUAGCUACAUAGCGCUACGUGUCGUUGUAGAUGUUGGAACAUUAUGGCGGCGAUUUCCAUUCGUGUAGUACGGUCCCUGGGAGCUUCUGCAUCUACAAGGUCACUGUUGUCAACGACAAGAAGUAGCGCGAAGUUAUUUCUGCAAUAUCAUGUUGUUGGAUUUUCACAAGAGCGUCGUAUUCAGCAUCAGAUCGACGUCGAGGACCUCUGCACGAUUUCAGCUCGGGAUAGGUUCAGAGGCGCGCAGUAAGCAUGGCAUCUUCAAGUGGCGGCCUCGCAAACGCCGAUGCCCAGUCCGAACAGGAUCGUGAUGUGCUUACAACUCCAGAACAAAAUCAGGCAGGAAUUAGAACUCCGGAACGUAACGCAGGAAGACGAAAUCUUUCGCGCGCACAGAUCAAUCCUGAUGAUGCCGCUUGCUCUCCGUGUCUCGUGCGCAGUAGCCGCAAGAUUGGGUCUCCUGUUCGGUCCAGUGUUAGAGUCGUUCCCUCACCGCACAUCCUGGCAUCCCCGCAUCUCGUUGCGUCGCCGCUCAAGUCUCCGUCUGUGGGCGGGAAAUCGUCCCGAAGAUCGCCGUCACCUGGACGUCGCCGGCGUCGACGAGGGAUCCCAGAAGAGGGGAGUGAGGGUACUAAACAACUGUCGCGUCUAGGGGUUAACCGCAGCUCGUGUCAGGGUUAGAUUUCCAUUCUCUAAUAUUUCACUGUUUCUAGAGAUAUCUUGGCUGCGCAUGCGCAAUUAUGAUCUAGGUAGUUCCUGAAAGUGAAUCACAACGACCUUUCUCAGACUCAGACGAAGCUGAGGAUUCUCCACUUUCGGCGGGACACCUGGGAUCAUGUGAAGACCAAGACCUGCACGGGUUACUACAGAAGCGGAACGAAGCUGCGACUCAACUCCGGAAAGCGACUGCGUAUCUCGAAGAAUGCAAUCGAGCUUUGCACCUUUCCGCAAAGAAGUACAAUCGGCGUAAUGCCUGCACAGAAAUGGCAGAAAAAAAUGGCGAAGUGCAGCCAUUAUGGCGCGAUGUUUGGAACACAUCUGUCGAGGACAUAGGAAAAUACGGAGUCGGAUGUCAAUUGUAUUCAAGAGAGGAUUGUAUAUUCAUGUUGUCUAGAAAUAAGCAUCUGUCGGGAUGUUUCCAUGUGAUAUAGUCAGGGAUUUAGUACUAAAACAUCACAAGAACAACAAAAAAUAAGGGUUGCGUCUAAAUUUGAAUGAUUGCUUUUGCACCUUGAACAGGUACUUCGAAUUCUUGAAGUGGUUGAUUUUGAUUUUCGGCGCAAUGGCAAUCUUUUCUUCACCGCUGAUGUAUACGUGUAUGCAUGGCACUAUGGUGUCAUCUCCGUUUGGUGCGCUUGCCAAGACGACAAUCGGCAACUUGGGAGAGCUACCUUUAGAAUUAUCGAAUGCAGAGACCAAGGAGGAGCAAAUCCAUAUGUUGCGGGAGAGACGCCUUGUUCUCGGAGACACCGCAUACUCGAUGCACCGGUUCACAACCUUUUUUGGUCUGCUCGACGGUUUCUGCAUUUUGGGGUUCUUUCUGUGGGCCUUUUGGUAUCGCAAAAAGCAGCUGACGGCGACCGUGGAGACCCACGACGUGGCCAACACUACACCAAACGACUACGCAGUGCACAUCUCGAACCUCCCUACCAGCAUUUGGCGGAACGGCAGCCGCGUUGCCCUCGAAGAGUAUCAGGAGUUACUGCGCGCCCAUAUUGAGGGCGUGCUGCGGGCGAACGUGCACCGCUUUCGAGCGGAAAAACUAGAGGCCUUGCGGAAGAGACGAGCACGAGAGGAGCAGGAAGAACAGGAGAGGCUGCUGGAGGAACAAGCACAAUUUGAGGAGAUGAAUCGGAAUCCAGGCCAGCGCGAAAAAGACGGGAGGUCGGCGGGAAAAAAAGAUAAGAUCUCUACUUCGGAACAACAGCAAGGCAGUCAAGCGAGUAGUAAGAAGAAGAAUCGAAGUAGUAGCGCAGGGCUGAGCACGAGUGCGGGAGGUAGUAGACGUGAAGCAGACGUUGUGGGACGAUCGUCAAGUCAGAAGCCAGGUCCAGGUAACAGCGCUGCAAGUGUGGUUAGACGUCAUCGAGCUGCGUGGGAGAAUCGCCAGGCGAAAGCUGAUCCGCAGCGACUUCAGUACUACUAUUGUGCGGACAGUAGCUGGCUAAUGAACCAGAGUAUGGUCGAGUCGGCUGCGAACGAGGACGCCGAGCCUCGCGGACGCAGCUAUUUUGGGAACAAUUUUUUGCCGCUUGCGUUUUUUCGGCGUUGUGUCGUCAUUGUAACAGGUCGAAGCGUUCAGGAUGACGAUUUGAGCAGUACGGCAUCGACUUCGGCGGUGGGAGAUCGAGACCAUUUAGCUCACUACAACAGCAGACCCAGGAAAGAUAGCAUGGAGCCCUUCAGCGAUGGGCUAUCGGCGUCGCGAGCUAUUAGUAAGGAUAGUAGCGCAAACGCGAGCGCGUCCUCCAGUGCCUUCUCGAGUUUAUCAGAAGACAAGGCGCGGUCGGAAGUGUCAGAUGCGUUAAAUGUCUUAAGUCGCAAGCAGGUAGAAGUUCCGGGUCGUGCAAACUCAAAGCGCUCGUGCUCUGUCACGAGCGCUGCAAGUGCUACCUCGAGCCUGAUGAUGCGGCGGCUGCGGCGACAGGACCAGAUAGGCAUUGACUUAGAUGCGGAAAACGGGUGGCACCCGGUGCCAGAGCUGCAGCUGGGAGAGUUCGUGCUGUGUUGCCGGGAUCACGGCAGUCUCACGGCACUAGACGAGCGUAUCCGGUUAGGCCGGCAGCGGCGCAAACUGGAGUACGUCAUCCGCGAGCGCAUGUUGGUGCUCGAAGACCAAAUGGAGGAGCAAAAAGCAUUUGCUGAUCAGAUGCGGACGCUUCACCAGCAUGCCGGUUCCACGACGGUCUCAAGCACACUAGAACGUGCGGCCAGCCCCUGCGCUGUUUUGCCUGGUAAUGCCGCGGGUUUCAUGGGUGGCGGGGGUGGUGGCCUUUUUUCCGGUGGCUUAGGCUCGAUCGGUGGUCCAUCAUUGACGCGUCAGAAUAGUGAUCGGAGUUCUCCCAGCAAAACAACGACCGGCGGCCCGUUGACAACCGGAAAGAGCGUAAUGCCGUCUUCCAUGAAGAAGCUGAUGCGGUCACAGACGAACGACAGUCUUCAAAGUUUGCCGGUGACAGCCACCUCAGAAGCUCGCAUAACCGAGUUGCUGAAGCAAAGGGAAGAGAGUGACGCAGUUUUGCGGCAAGCGCAGACGCGGUUGAACCAAGUGGAGAAGAGACUUGAUGUGGUGGCGAGUAAUCUGAGACGUGGCAUAAUCUCUCGGCGUGAAAACGAAGUGGUGCGUGCCUUUAUCAUCUUCGAUAAUUGUCUUGACAAGGAGAUCUUUCUGUGGAGCUACCGCAACGGCCACGGCUCUAUUGCUAAGUCCGGUUCAGCCUGUCUCUCAAAGAUUUUUUCGCCGGCGACUGCACAGCUGCUGUCGCAAAUCUUCGGUUUCGACGUAAGUGAGUCUCCGCUUGCUUUUGAGGGCAAGCUACUCUCGGUCACUCCCGCGCCUGAGCCAAGCAAUAUUUUAUGGCAGAACGUGGAUGGCUUGAGCUCCAAUUUGUUUACGUCUUUUCCGCGAAAGUACGGCGCUUCCGUCGUCUCGGCGUUGCUCCUUUUUCUCUCUUUUGUGCUCGUUUUCUUUUGCGAGAUUUUACCCGAAGUCGAGCUACCAGGAGACGAUCCGUUGGGCGCAACGCUGGACACUGGUGGCGGCCAUCUCGUGGAGCAGCUGCCGCUGGCAAUGAGCUCGACCAUGUACGAGCUACAGCUCAACAUCGAAAUUCCGCUGGAGAUGCUUCUUACAGAUACGAGACUGCUCGUUUCUGCGAGUUCCGCAUCGAGAAGAGCCGUGUCGGCCGAAGCUACGACGGCAGCCGUAGAAACAAGUAGUACAACAAUUCCACCAACGCAAAAUGUCACUGCCACCAGCGUAGCAACAUUUACUAUCACGGCUUUGCCGACGGUACAUGCAGGAAGUGCUAAUCUUUUGACAACGAAGGCUCCGUCAGAACUACAAGCACCUGCAGGAAACCCUGAAAGUGUCUGGGGUAUUGAUGUUGCGCCGACGACGGAUGCGCAUCAGUUGUCAUGGAGGCACUCGGCAGAGCUGGGCUUUGAUUUUGUUACUCCUCUAGACCGUGGUGCAGUCGUAAAACUUGCAGAGUCCACUUUUCUGCAGAAGUAUUUCGGCAAGCCUGAAUAUGCGGAACUCGGGAGUGCGCUUUUUCCGUGGCUGAGCGUUUAUGGGAACAGGCCGUCGUACCUGGAAGCAUCGCCUGGAGGCGAGAGUGAGCAAGGCGGCAGUUCAUUCUUAGACGCGACAGCAGGCUCUAGCUCAUCGGGGUCUUCAGGGGCUUCUUCCUUUUCGACUAGCGGUUCUGGCUCAUCUGGAUCGGCUAAUGAGGCGUCUAGUUCAGGAAAUGACAAGGCAAAGGAGAGCAAAGAGACCAGCUCAAAGCAAGGGGCGUCAUCAAUGUACAACGCGAAUGACGCAGACACCGUGAAAGAGAUGGAACAGCAUAUCGCAUGCUCCGACCUUAACUUGUACUUGGAAGACGUGAUAUUGGCUACGCGGUUUUUCAAGUGGAGUCCGGGCGGCCACUCAGACGACGCAAAGUUGUUGCAACAGCGAGCACUCCUCGAGGCUGCGAAAGGCGCAUUAGCGUUGUGGCAAAGUAGUAACACUGAUGAGCCUUUGGCCUUUGAGGUGGAACCUGUGAGCGGCGCAGCAACAGCAUCGGUUGAAUCGAAGAAAAGCAGUGUGAAUGUUGUCCAAACACCAAGAAUAAAAACAGGCGAAACAACUUUUACGGGCCAACCGCGGCCUAGGCGGGUGACUCCAACGAAUCUAUUGCGGGAGCUCGUGGGUUUCGCAGAGGGUGGGAGAGGCAGUAGGAGGAGAGAUUAUUUAGGUGGCGCGGAGGUCUCUCGUAAAAGAAGGCUGGGCCCUCAGACAGCUGUCUUGGCCGGCCAAGCAGGACGGGCAUCGAGGGGCUCCACGUCUUUCGCUGUAAACGACGACAGGCUGAAGCCUGGGAGUGACUCAUACACAUCUCGAAACCUAACACGUCUUAUGGACGAGUCGCUUUUCUCAGCGGGUCCAGGUGAGCUCCGAUGGUUUUAUCGCGUUCUAGAGGGUGGCUUUUCUUCUCUGUUAUCAUCAAUAAGUAGCAGCGCGUCUGCUGCGCUCUCUGCCGCAGACUUCAGUCGACUUUUCAGUGGAGCGGCGGCUGGCGGAGUACUCGAGGUGGAUUACGAAUACUAUCGUACCAAAUCCACGUCAACAUCGACCGCUGGUGGUGCAAUGCAGCCUCAGCUGGAAUACAGAUCGUCCUGCCGCAACGACACGUUGCGAGAACUGUCACGAGCACGGAUACAGCGAAUGUUGGGAAAUAGCCAGAAUGUGUAUCCGAUUCAAGAUGCUGCCGGCAACAAGAUAGCAGAGCCUGCUGCUUUUCCUCCGAUCUCGCGGAUUGUGCGUGCUCGGUUCAAGCACGUAGGGCAGGACGCGUUUCCUCUCUAUCUGUUUUCGGCACCUGCAAAUGCGACCGCUUUGCGGGUGUGCAAUCCAAGUGGAACCGAAUCGUGCGCCGCCCUGCCAGUGAUUCGCGUUACAGAUAGGAGCCGGCAGGAUGAUAGGCCAGGUCAAUUGUUGGCUGCCAACCAUACGUCGAAUGUGACUGUACGAAAAUUUCUUCUACUGAUGUUUAAUCAUUUGAGUGUCUAUGGACUCUGGGAAGCAUUUUUUGCAUGAAUCUCUUUUAGAUACUGAAACUUGCGCUUAUGUAUCACAGAAAAUGUGACGUGACAUUUUUUUUCAUCGAGUUCUUGCACGCGCUAACCAAAGAUUCAGAAGUCGAUCAAGCGGCGAAGAAGGAUGUAGGGAGCUCCUCUGCACGCGAAGGUGCUUCCACCUCUUCUAGCAGUAGUGAGGAGGCCAAGCGCCCGCCAGCUUCAAGUAGAACGCAGACGGAAGCCGUGUCUGAAGCAUUGACUCUAGCGUCGACAGCUCAGAACCAGCAUCGAUGUGCCAGGACAGACAGGACAAAUUUUUUUACUAUUCCACAGUUUAGUUGUGAGCGUGUUCGCAAUCCGCUGACACUUCACGAAACCGCUGUGUGGCAGACGCUUGGCUACGAGGACCGGGUUUCUUGUUUCUGCAGUCAGCAAAGCUACAUGACGAUUGCGCAGAAUGCAGAGGUCCGGGACAUGUGCCACGGGCACAUGAUGCGGCUGCUGCGGCAUACUGUUGGGUUUGUGUUGGGCUCCUUCAUUGUGGUCGGUAUGAACGUCGUGCUGGAGCACUGCCUGGACAACAUGAGCAUGUGGGCUCUGCCGCUUUCGAUCACAGCACUGAAUAACGCGCUGCUGUGGAAGCUUUUCAGUAUGGAAUUCGUGAACACGGCGAUCAUCAUCCUCUUAGUGAACACGCGGUUUGACUACGAUGGUCCGCUCCUAGGGAAGGGCGACUACUCGGAUUUCGACUUCGAUUGGUACACGGAUGUCGGAGUCGGAAUUGUGAUCACCAUGAUGAUCAACGUAUUUUCGCCGCACGUUGGCACAGUACUGAAAGCCUACUGGCGGAAGCGACGAAGAAAAAGGUUAUUGGAAAAAGAUGUCAAGGUGUUGGAGGACAUGAACGACGUCUAUGUAGGACAACAGUUUGAACUGGCGACGCGCUACUCGACGAUUCUCACCGUCGUUUUUGUGACUCUCAUGUACUUCUCGUUUGUUUUGCUCUUGCAGAAGCAUAAGCUUCGUGCUAGAAAUUAACGUCACCAUAAAAUCAGUAGUGAUGGCAAUAGAUUGCAGAUGAUAGACGCAGAGUGCAUAUUUUGCGAUAGGUUCACUCAGGUAUUCCGCAGCGAUCCCGGUGCUUCUAUGGAUGGCAGCCAUUACUUUCACUGGUGUGUACUGGUGCGAUAAAUACACGCUGUUGCGCGCUAGCCGCAUUCCGCCCGCACACGACGAGACCAUCGCAAAAGGCGUUGCGGAGGCCCUGCCCUUCGCAGUAGUAUUGCAUUUGGGUAUGGCCAUCUACAUGUACGGCCACGACGUUGUCUUCCCAAGUCCCAGUCUCGCUGGGAGUGAGUCAGGUCGGGAUCUGCUGCAGACUUACAAGAGCAGCGUGCAGCAAGAAGAGGCGGGUGCAGCAGACGGCACUGCCUCAGCAGGCCAUGAAGAUCCAUCGUCAGCCGCGACAGCGGCAGAAGGCUUUUCGGCAGCCUCGUCUGUGGGGAACUCCUUGAGCGACUACACAGGCGCAGACACACUGUUGCGCAGUUUCCGCUCCGCGACACUUUUUCUCUUCCUUAUACUGGUAUUCGUGAUCGUCGUCAUGGUGCUCGAGCGAUUCGCAGUCGUCUUGCAUGCCCUUGUCGAGCAGUUCCGCGUGGGCUAUCACAAGGUUGCUCUGUCUUCGCUGUAUUUGAAGUUUUGAAAGAGAAGUCUUCAUAGAGCAUAAAGUUUUGCUUCUGUUGCAUAAUAUAUUAUCAAUGUGCAGCAUCCACCAGUCUUCGAUUUUUGCAUACAACCUUUUUAUUAAUUUUUCACUACAGAUUUUGAGUGCUCCGCGAUGGAAGCAAAGACUGGAUCGGCCUGUUGAUGGAGUUUUGUGGUUUCUAGACUUUCUCAUAGGCGAUUCUGCCGAGGACGACCUAACGGAAGGAAAAUACAGCGAGCAGGUUGAGGAAAUGAAGCGUAAUCGGUUUUUGCACACUUACCGCCCGGACGCAAACCCGUCCUAUGCCAGUAGGUUUGCUGUGCUCGACAAGAUCCGAAAUGGGCGCGACUUCGGAACUAAGGUAUUUCAACAGAGUAGUUACUUUCGUGCAAUCGAUUGUGUGCAUAGCAUUCUGAUAUUGAUCCAUUUAGGUCUAGGAUAGCUAUAGAUCGUGUUGGUCAGAGUUUGCGGCUAAACUUGAUCCAGACGCUAAAACGGUUGAGCAAUGAUACAGCGAACCACAUAAGUAGCUAGAGAUUGAUCUGAUUUUUCAAGAAUCAAUUGGUAGUUAAAGUUCUCGUGAUACAGGCGUCCCGUCGUAACCGGCGACUACGCAUGAGUGGGCAAAUGCGCGACAGCGAUGACGAUCGGCUCCCAGCGAGAGUUCUCCAUUUCGAUAACGAAAAACUGAACAAGAGCGCAGCUCUCAAUGCCAGCAUAGCAUCGCUGAAAAGUAGUGCACCACCUGCUCCCGAUGAAGCGAAGAAGAAUGCCGUGCAUUCGAUUCGCAUACCUGAUCUUGGCAUUCGGAUCGAAUUCAAAGAGGAAGUUUAGUUUUGUGGACACUCUGGCGUUCGGAUAGUAGACGCCGUGCGACUACUUUACCCUUUUCUAGAAGUUGUUGGAAGGUUACCCACUUAUUUGUAGUCGUGUUUGUGUAAAAAUGAAAUAGGCUUUCACAGUCACCCUUUUAAUCAUCUUUCUGGUCAUCAACGCGUAUUCUUGUAUUUCUCCUGUAGAACAACAUGUGGAAUCGCUCACGUGAUUCUUGCAUUUUCCAAUCCUUACACAUCCUAUUCACAGCACUAAGAGAAGGCACAAACUGGAAAGGUAGCAUAUUUUUGCGGCGUGAGAUAGACGUCUUUCGACGCAUGGCAGCAUUUUUUCAGGAUUACAUAAAUCAUACCAUAUUUGCUUGCAAUAGAUCCGCCACAUUGAUAUCAUGAUUAUUCAAGCUUUCCAAAGGGGGCGGCAUUUUCUUUUGCAGUAGCCGAGGUAGAGACGUCGAAUUCCCAGUGUGGAUUAGUUUAGCGCGCGACGAUACACAUUUCCUUUUAAUGAUGCAAGCUUUCACCAUGAUGUUCUCACUUAGGAGGGCAGAAAUAUAAUUAGCUUAGACUUCCCUUGAGGUUGAAUAUCAUAGUCUGGGUGACGAAUGUGGGUUGCUGGAUGAUGACUCAUAUCGUCGAUAAGAAAGAGACCCUGACGAGGGUAGUACAUCCGCACCUGCAUUCCGACUAAAGUCAAAAAUUUAGUCUACGCUCCCGAAGGUGAGGCAGCGCUCAAUUGAAAAUAGAUGCAGCAUGGUUAUGGUAUGGUUGUAAUUCUAAUUUGUUCUGCUGAUUUUCCUAAAAGCAGCAGUUUCUGUGGAUGUUCCCAUCUAGGUCAUUUUGCCCCAACCACCUGGCAUUCGUUUUUUGCGAUAUCACAUGUAUCAUAGCGAGCCAUUCCUUGUUUCGUAGUUUUCUCGUUGAACGCCCUCAUCAUGGCUUGCAUCAAGGGCGGCGAUAGAAGUACAUGAACCAGAAUUGUUUCGAACGUCACACAUGCAGCUGGAUGUCUUGUAUCGUAUCGAUCGUGUGAUAUCGACACCAACGAUGGCUUUCUCUGCUGAUUUCAUAUUGUUACAAUGUAUGUAGUGUUUAUUUUGGCCAUUAUUGUAGAUGUAUUUACAUACAAGUAGCGUAAACGCAUGAGUAAAAGUAGUCUCCUGUCGGCUUAGCUUUUUUUUGUUGUUGCAACAGGGCAGCGGAUGGGGUGGCCGGGAACAAUUGUAUCUGAAAAUGAAUAGAACAAAUGAACAGACAUGGUGAUGUACUACAUGGAAAACACGUACUGUGAUUUCGCGCUUUCUGCAACGAAAUGUUUCUUUGAAAACUAGUGGUGGCCUAAUUUUCCCUUCCCCUCUCUUCUGUAUUCAAUUAAUCUAUCAUAGUAAGAUAAUGAUUAGUAGUAGAAUAAGAAUUUACCUCACAUGGAUCGUCUCUCUCUCCCGCUCCCAUUGUACCCGAUGAGCUCCAUGUCCGUAUGUUGAUGAGGUUUACUCGCCAAGACCAAACUGAUGAGAUGAAAUUGAAAUGACCAAAACACAAGGCUUCUCAGACACUGACUGAGAUGCAUUGGCACCUAGAUGAAGCCGAACAUUCAUUAUUGGAAGACGAUGUGACGCAAAGGAAGGAG